AUGUCGUUGAAACAAGUCGAUCUAAGUGAGGAAGACCUGGCCUUUCACAAAGAGGUCGGACUCAUCAAUAGAUGGUGGCAAUCCCCAAAACAAAGUCAUGUGCAGAGGCAAAUCUUUCAUGUUAUUAAAGCUGAGAAACAUCGAUUCGGUGUACACAGGCCUUAUACGGCCUCUGAUGUCGCCUCUCUCCGUUCAUCACUUGGAGUUGAAUACCCUGCAAGCGUUCAGGCUCUAAAGUUGUGGUCGCUAUUACAUGAACACCGCCGAAAUGGGACUGCUGAAAUGACCUUUGGCAUGAUCGAUCCCGUAAUGGCCUCACAAAUGGAGGGCCAGCAGACGAUUUACGUUUCUGGUGCCCUCUGUGCCUUUUCCAAAGCCGACUGCAUUGGUCAAGAUAUGAGUGACUAUCCCUGGGAUACAGUCCCCAAGGCGGCCUCGACGAUCUUCAAGUCGCAGGUCUAUCACGACGCUAGGCAGCGACAGGAUCGGAUGCGAAGAAGCAAGGAAGAGCGAGCGACCAUGUCUCAUGCGAGGGACUAUUUGCUUCCCAUUGUCGCGGAUGCAGACAUGGGGUUCGGGUCACAAACUGCCACCAUGAAACUUGUCAAACGGCUUGUCGAAGCGGGCGUGGCAAUGUUUCAUCUUGAUGAUCUAAGUCUAUCUGGCAAAAGGUUCACCGACGGAGGCGGCCAUACGGUGGUUUCCACAAGAGAGUACUUGCGUCGUCUUGGAGCUGCUCGGCUACAGCUUGACAUCAUGGGAGCCGAAACACUUAUUCUCUGCCGUUGUGAUAUUGACGGGGCUCAGUACAUCACCACCGACAUCGAUCCGAGGGAUCACCCAUAUAUCCUUGGAGCAACAGUUGAUGUAGAGCCACUUGCUUCGCUGGGCAAUGCGAGUUCAGCCCGAGUCAAAGAGUGGAAGAGACGUGCGAAAGUGAAGACGUUUGACGAGACGGUUGAAUGCAACGCAACUGAGGAGCAGAUCACAGAAUACCAUCAUCUCUUAAAAUCGAAGUCAGUCUGCUCACUUCAAGAACGUCAGAGGAUCGCUGGGCAAGUAUUAAAAGGCAAGGAGGUAUUUUUUGAUUGGCAGUCGGCCAGGACUUGCGAUGGCCGAUAUCUCUAUUCUCCUUCUGUCCAGGCGAUUCUCGACCGCAGCCUGGCCGCCGCACCGCUCGGUGACGCUACAUGGGCGAGGAUGGAUUUGAUUAUGGACAAACUGGUCAAGUUCCACAAUGAAUUCCGGAAGGUGUAUCCUGAGCGCCUGUUCGCCUGUGGGUACUCGGCCACGUUCCCAUUUCCCAGUAUGGGGUAUUCGGACGAGGACGUGAAGAAUUUCCAUCGGAGCCUUGCUAAGCUGGGAAUUGUAUGGCAGGUGCAGCCAGGAUUUGCACUUCAGGGUCUCAAUUAUACGACAAAGAAAUUCUCUUCCAUGUUUGGAGAGGAAGGCAUCGGAGGAUAUGUUCGAGACAUACAGGAACCAGCUAUGAAGGUAGACACUGAUGGUUAUGAGAAGAUGCAGUGGAGUGGGGGUUACAUCACAGACGCAUACGGAGACCUUUUGGCUGGAUUAUAA